UAUCGUCAUAACUGUAACAUUUUCUACGAAAUUUUUUAUUAUCAUGGCUGCCACAACUGCAUCACCGUCACCAUCACCAACUCCACCUGAUGUUAUCACAUCAGAUGACGUUGAAACUGCAAUUGAAAAAAAAACAGCAUCUCCAAAAGUUUCCAAAGUGAAACAGCCAAAAAUAUCCAAGGAAUCAAGUGCCAAGGCAGCUGCUCAUCCAAGUACUGCUGAUAUGGUCAAUUCAGCAAUCAAAGCACUUGCUGAUCGUAAAGGAAGCUCACUUCAGGCAAUUAAAAAAUACUUGUCAUCUGAAUACAAACUUGACACUAAAAAACACGCAAUAUUCAUUCGUAAAUAUUUAAAUAGUGCUGCUAAUACUGGUGCUUUGGUACGAACCAAGGGCAAUGGUGCUCUGGGAUCAUUUAAAAUUGCUGAUGAUGAGCCUGUCAAGAAGCCAAAAGCUAAAAUUAUACAAAAAAAAACAGUAACAAAAAAAAAUGAUGCUGUUAUUAAAAAAACAUCAGCUAAAAAAAUUACAAAUGGUGAUAAAAAAAUUGAUAAAUCUCCAACAAAAAAACCUGCAGCUAAAAAAUCAACUGAUGAAAAAAAAAGUAAACCAAGUCCAAAAGCUAAAAAAGCAACAAAAGGACCAUUAGCUAAACCGAAAAUUCCAAAAGCUAAAAAAACUGCAGUUACAACAAAAAAUACAAAAGAAACUAAAGUUACAUCUGAAACAGAGUAA